AUGGGGGUGAAGGUGGUUACAGUGGAUACGGGGGGUGAAGGUGGAUGCAGUGGAUACGAUAGAUCUGGGGGUGAAGGUGGAUACAGUGGAUACGGAGGCUACGGUGGAUACGAAGAACAUGGUGGAUAUGGUUAUGAGCCCCGUAACACAUCACUUUAUGAACCAUCUACCCCGGGCAAUCCGUUUGAAAUAAAUGAGGUGCUUGAGCGGAUCAAGUCAAUAUUGCAUGAAUGUAUGAUGCCGCGUGUGAUAGUCAUGGAUAGGGAGCUUGCCCUAAUUAACGCGUGUUCUAAAGUAUUCCCGGACGCAACCAGGCUUCUAUGCCACUUUCACAUCCAACAAAAUAUAGCUAGAAAGUGCAAGAAAGGGUUCGAUAAAGAAGAUUGGGGGAAAUUUAUGUCGUACUGGCGGAGAUUGUGCGAAUCUUCAUCAGAGCCCAUGUACAAGUACAACUUGGAGAAAAUGUAUAACCGACUCGUGGUUGCCAACCGAGAAAGUGUCUAUGAUUACGUCUACGAAAACUGGCUCAAAGACUAUAAAGAAAUGUCCGUUUAUGCAUGGACCGAUAAGUGUCGCAACUUUGGUCAGCGCACCACCAACAGAGUUGAGAGCCAGCACGCAAAUUUAAAAAGAUACAUUACGCGCGGGAGUUCAUUGGAGCGAAUAGCAAGAUGCAUCAUUGAUAUAGUUGAAACUCAGUACGAUGAAAUACAAAAAAGUUUCACUGAGAGCAUCGAAAAAACGAUGAACCACCACAGACACUGA